AUGGUACCAAGCGUAGGAAAAGUAGUUCUGAAUAAUACUUGUUCUGUAGAUUCAGUUCUAUCUAUUUUAGCGACAUCAGCUGCCGAUAGUAGUAAUUUUAAAGUGUAUUUAUCUGAAAUGGCAACAUCAAACAUGACAGCAAGAAUAUCCAUGCAAAUGAUCGAAGACAAAAACAAAACACAAAUUUAUCAUAAUAGACUGUUAUUAAUAUUGGAACAUUUUGGUAGUAAAAUAGAACUGUUAGUUGGUGGACUUAAAUCAGUAGAUACUACAAUUACUGCUGCAUCAAUGGUGAACAAGAUAAUGCAAAAAAUGCCAUCUUUCAUUGAAAGUAGUUUCUGUGACAACAAUUUAUGUACCACUCCUAUACUAGAAGUAAAAAAGACACACAUAUCACUGAACAUAUUCAAUGGCCAAAUAGUUAUUCAAAAUGAGCUCGAAAAAUUAUUUGAAAGUUCAGACGAAACUUGCUCAUAUUGUGGUGAAAAGAGGAAGACAUCGAUGGAAGCUACUACACAUAUGAUUAUUGAACUGAAUUCAAUUCCAUUUGAUUUAGAAGCAUCAACAAGUUUCACAAAUAUAGAUGAAGUACCAGUAGAAUUAGUGAAACAAAACUUUGUUAAACCAAAUAAUUGGAAAUUAGAUAAUAUCCCAAAAAUGAUAACCACCAAUAGUAAAAAUUAUUAUUUAAGAGGAGUCAUAAUAUUUCAUGGAGGAGGCAGAUGUGGACUGAGGAGCGCCACUGGACACUAUACAGCUGGCACCUAUAGAGGCAAUCAAAAAUGGGAGAUCUAUGAUGAUUUAAGAUCCAAAGUUAUUCAUCAAGUCUCAUCUUACAAAACUGAUGUCGAACUUUUAUUUUAUACGGUUUAA